GAGUGCCUGAGUGACGCGAUGCCAGCGUCAUUCUACCAGUUGGUUCCCUGUUUGAAAAAAAAAACUUUUGAUUUGGGAAUUUUGUGGUGCAGUGUUGGAUGUUGCCCUGCCAAUGGUUUGUAGUUUUUAGUACAUUCUGAUUUUCAAUUCAAAGGAUAUACGAAAUACAUUUCACAUUAAAAUCACGUGAGACGAUGUUAUGGUGAACUUCACGUAGCGCUUAUAAAGGUAUACUGUAUUUCAACAUUACAAUACCUGGGGAAAGUCGAGAAAGUGCAGGUCAGUGAGGACAGAGGAAGGAAGAAAACGUUCUCCAAUACAAACUUACAAUCGCCCUAAGCAGUUCACCAGACUGAGAAACUGGUAACAGAUUAGCUAGGAUUACGCUUGGAUAUUUGACAGCAUCAAAACUCAUUCUGUCAUUGUUUCACCUUACAACUUCCAAACAAUGAACACAUGGCGACUCACUGGAUUUGUAGCGGUCUUCUGCUCUUUGUGUGUGAGCAGUUUGCUGGGCACCGAGACAACCAAAAGGCUCAAGAAAUCAGAGAUCUUGACAAAUAUAGUACGCUUAGCCCAAGAUACGUAUGAUGACCUGAAGACUACGCCCCCACUAUAUGACGAAAAUUAUCCAGCUACGAUUCAAGUAGUGAUGUAUGUGUCAAGUAUAGAUGCAGUCAAUGAAGCAAGCAUGGACUUCACAAUGGGGAUACUGCUCCAUCUGAAAUGGUUGGAUCCCAGAAUACACCACCCUAAAGCCAUCCUCUAUUUUAAAGAGUCCGGACUUGACUACUUAGAUUUCGACACGGAAAACAUAAAGAAAGUUUGGCUGCCGGACAUAUUUUUUCCAGACGAGAAAAAAGGAUCUUUUCAUGACAUCAUGACCCGGAACCAGAUGAUGAGGCUCUAUAAAGAUGGUUAUAUCCUUUACAUAUCAAGACUAACCUUGACCUUAAGUUGUACAAUGGACCUAUUAAACUAUCCUUUCGACAAACAGAAAUGUCACGUUGCCCUUAUGAGCUUUGCUUAUUCUGAUACCGACAUCGAGUUUAAGUGGAUCAACACCUCAGAGGCUCAGAGCAUGCAAAUGUUCGGGAACUCUGAACCCAUUGUCUGGAACGACGCUGUUAUACUGCCUCAAUUUGAAGUCAAGAAGAUUUUUCCAGGCAGUUGUGAAAGACGAUACCAUCAGAAAAGUGGUAAUCACAGCUGUAUCCAGGCAGGUAUUCACCUGACCAGAAACGUGGGCUUCUACAUCGUGCAAAUGUACAUCCCUAGCAUGCUGAUCGUCAUGCUGUCCUGGAUCUCCUUUUGGCUCAACUCGAACUCUGUGCCAGGCAGAGUCUCGCUUGGCCUUUUGACAGUGCUUACCAUGACGACCCAAAGUUCCAGUGUCAAUGCCGCACUUCCAAGAGUGUCCUACACCAAGGCCAUAGAUGUCUGGAUGUCUACGUGCCUGGUCUUUGUCUUCGCUGCACUGCUCGAGUUUGCCGUGGUCAACGUCUUGAGCCGCAAGGAAUCCAUUCGGGGCUUCUCUUUCAGGAAUAUGUUUGCCAUCCCGAAGGAUGACGAGAAAGAAGAAGGGCCCCCGGCAAUGUGUGAGAUGACGGUACCUCUAGACGGCUUCAAAGAUCCUGAUACACAAAAGAAGAGACGCUUUCCCAAAAAAGGAAUAGUUUACGCGGUCUAUGUUGACGUCAUGGCGCGGUUCUUCUUUCCAGUUUGCUUUAUUCUAUUUAUAAUAGUUUAUUGGUGUGUGUACGGGUCUCAGGUAGACGAUUAAAGUUGCUGUCCAUUUAAAACUUUGUUGAUAUUAUUUUAUUUGUUAAACGAAUACACUGUUAUAUUGGUAGGUGACUGAUCCACGUAUUGGUUAGUGUGACAGGUCAUUGUAGUGAAGAGAUUCACGUAUUGGUUAUUGUGUCAGGUCAUUGUCGCGAAGAUGUCCACGUAUUGGUUAGUGUGACAGCGCAAUUUAAUUAUCUCAGACCCUUCUGUGUGUUUCAAAAAAAAAUUUGUUGAUCAGCUGGUUUCAUUCAUAUCAACAGGAGAAUUUUUGUUUGUCUAAAUGUUUCUUUUUUUCAUUGCUGGACUUUAUUAUAGAUUCAUUUGAACUUAGUAUUACAUUGAGAACUGAUGACAAUGUGUUGAGCAAUGUAUUUCACCUUUCAGAAUAACCAUAGCCAUGUUUUUUGAUAAUAAUGAUGACAUUUAAUGACAGUUCUAGUCUUUGUUAGCUUCAAAAACUGAAUCUGGUAGUUUACAUUUGACUUUGCCUAGAAUAUAACUAAUGCUUUUUAUCUUGGCAAAUUAAUUGUUUGUUUUUUUUAAUACUAGAAGAAUGUGAAUUAUUGAGAUAUUUGUAAUGUAAAACAUGUUUAUUUAUUGGGGUGUUUAUUACCUUUUAUUUUCAUGUCAUUCUAUAUCUAUCUCAUGUUUUGUUAACACCUGUAUAUUUGUUUUUAACUUCAGCACUAAUGUAAACAUGUACAAUAACUAACAACUGGAACUUUCAGAACUUGUGUUGUUGUAGAUUAAAUGUCAUCCUUCAAGAAAACACUUUAACUAAGGUGCUUGAAGUACCUUAAACUAAAAUGCAUCAAAUUAUUUGUGUGCAUACAAUAUGCAGAUUGUGUAUAUCAUAAAAUUAUUUAUAUUUCUAUGUCAGAAGCUCCCAAAACUAUUCCCAGUCUUCAUACCUCACAUUAAACAUUGCUAGUUAGAUCCUUACUUGAUCUAGGUUAUUGAUGCUCAUAUAGGUUUAUUAUCACAUAUCUAGGUUUCUAUAUUUGUUCUAAGCCAUUUGAUCAACAUUUGGUUAGGUUUCUAAUAUUUAUUCUGUGGUUGUCUGUGAGGUGGGAUAGAGCCAGAUGCUAUAAUUUGAAAGUGAAGUUAAAGCACACUAAUGGAUUGGGCUUGAAUUAUUGAACACUUUAGAUGUUCAAAUUGUACUAAACUUUCUCAAUACUGCCAUGACUCUCACUAUCCAGGCUCUCUGCAAACUGCACCACAUGACAUAACAAAUUCAAAGAACUUGACAACUCAGGGCUCAAAAACAAUGCAACACUUUAAUGUCCAACAAAUAACAGCCAAUACUGUGCAAUUGGCAACAAUUUAACACUGAAUGUACAAAAGAUUCACUAUAGAUAACCACAUCCUGCUGCAUCAGUCUGUAAUGCUGUAUCAAACAUGUAUGCCAGUUCAAGAGGUUUUCAGACACAUAAGAAAUCUCUCACAGAGUAAGAAAGUAAAGUGAGAAUAUAGAAUUAGAAGCAUGUGAUCCCAUGAAGUUUCAAUAGUUACAAAUGAUGUAUAACUGUAUAGUUUUGUGGCUUUAUGAUUAGGAAAGUUGUCAUCUAGCUUUUGCUAAUAUAUAUAUAUAUGUGUUUUAUAUAUAUAUAUUGCUUAUAUAUACCGGUAUAUAUAUAUAUAUCAAAAAGACCUUUUUAGCUUUGCAAUUUUUGCACUUAUAUAAAAAACUACAAUAAGUUUUAUGUCAAGUAUUGUCUACAUUAAGUUGCCAAUUUUGGUACAUUUAAAAUGUUUCCUUCAAGUACUGUUUUACAUUAAGAAUACUUACACUACAAUAACAUUUUUCUAUCAAGAUUUCUAAAUGGUGUCUUCUUUUAAGUUAAUUAUUGUGCUACAGUUAUAUCCUGCACAAAAAUUACUUAAGAUCCUUUUUUUUGCUUGUCAACAUUUUAUUACUUUUAUAGCAACAUUAGAAUUUUGUAGAUAGAUAUUCUUAGUAAACUAGUUUCUAACUUUGAACUGUCUCUUUUUAAGCAUGAUGGCUACAAACAAAUGUUUUACCAGUUUACUGCUGUAUAUAAUCAUAAACUAUUGUAUGUCUAAUCACUAACCAUUCAUGAGAGGCUGAAGAUAGAGAAUGAUGUGAUGCAGGCAGUGUUGUUAGUAUUGUAUAGAAGCCUUGCAAUAUGAUCACUCCAGUUUAAUUUAAGCUAGUAUGUUGGCUGAACGUAAAUGUGUAAAAUGAUAAGAGUAGCUUGGAUAUGUAAAUAGAGAAAUAAUAAAAUAUAUUCAUUCCCUACUGUUA